CAAUUAACAAAUGGAAUUGAAAUGUCAAAGCAAUGAAAUAAAAUAUUUAUUUGUGAUGUGAAGUGAAAUAAGCAAUAAUUCUGUGAAAUACGAAUUAUUUACAAUUUAUUUGGAUAAAUAGUGAAAAACAGUUACUGAUACAAAAGUCUAUAUUUUGCAAACCAGACACUGAGACCUAAGGAGACUGAGCAUUGAAGAGUUAGCCAUUACAACUUAUUUUCUAGUGUUUUUCCCAACUGCAUGCCAUAAUGACUGCUGAUGAAGACGGAAACACCUGGUUGAUAGAGCUGGAAUCUGGUCUUCUCGAUGGGUGCACUCCAAGAGAAAUUAAUGCAAUCACCAAGGGUAAAAGAAUUCCAGAAAGCUUAAGGCCUGAUGUGUGGUUAGUUUGCCUCAACUGUCAGGAGACUGGUAAUCAAUUGCUUCUGUUUGAUGAAAUAUUUGAUUUGCCGAAUCAGAAUGAAUUGAGGGAUGAUGUUAAAAAGUUUGCAAGAAGACUUGACAAUGAUGAUGAUGAGAAACUUGCAGUUAUUUCCGACAUUGAAUCUAUCAUUACAUUUCAUUGUAAAUCAAAAUCUAUCACUUACGCUUCUAACAAUGGCUGGAUUGAGAUAUUGUUUCCUUUGCUGAGCUUGAAAUUGAACAAGGCUGAAACAUAUAACCUAUUCGAAAAGAUUAUAAAGCUCUACAUUCCUAAUGGAUGUGUAUCCAACGGAGUACCCUUUCAUAUAUUAAGAUUGAUCAUUCAGUAUCACGACCCUGAGCUUUGUUCAUUUUUAGACACCAAACGAAUAACACCUGAACGGUAUUGCAUGCCUUGGCUUAGGUCACUUUUUUCUGGUACAUGCAAUUUGGAGGUGGUGCUUUUUAUGUGGGAUUUGUAUUUCCAGAGGUCAGAUCCAUUUUUUAUAUUUUUCCUCUGUCUUAUUAUGAUUAUUAAUGCUAGAGAGCAGCUAUUGCAAAUGAAAAAUGAAGAUAAAGAGUCAAUUAUUCAAACCCUCCGUAGUAUGCCAGGAGACCUUGAUGCUAAUGAUGUGUCAGAUUUCUGCUCUUUAGCUCAUUAUUAUUCUUUAAAAACCCCCAUGUCUUUUCGUGAAGAUGUGUUAGAAGUAUUGUUCUCAGAAAGUGGCUUAGAAAUAAACUCGAAAUUGUACUCACAAGCACUCUGUCUUCCUGUAGCUGUUCACGAGUUGAUUGAAAGUGCAACUGUAGAUGUAGCAGAUGUGGAUGCUGUUAAAUACUUUCUGGUUGACUGUCGUCCAGCGGAACAGUAUAAUUCUGGCCAUUUGUCUACUGCUUUUCACCUAGAUUGUAAUUUGAUGUUACAAGAGCCUAAUGCUUUUAAUACAGCCGUUCAAGGAUUGUUGAAUGCUCAACGUCAGGCACUAGCUGCAGGAUCUUUAGCUGCUGGUGAACAUUUAUGUUUCGUAAGCUCUGGUAGAACCGAAGAAGACAGUUAUGCACACAUGGUUGUUGCUUCUUUCUUAAAAAGAAAUACUAAACAUGUAUCAAUGCUGGAUGGUGGUUUUGUAGCUAUACAUGAUUACUUCGGACCACAUAUGACAGAUUGUUUAGAAGAACAUAAUUCGUCAAUGUGUCUGGUCUGUGCACCUAGUAAUAAUAACACUGGAGUAACUCCACCAGUUAAAAAACCUAGAGACAAUAUACCGGCUAUACAAUUAUUUAGUAAACUAUCAUCAGCGAUGAAAGCAAAGAGUCAAGAAGUUAAGGGAAAAUUGAUAGAAUAUAUUGUGAAUCCUAAUUCAACGGCCAAUAAUGGCGAUUGGCAUGUUUCAGCUAAUGACAGAAAAGAAAAUAGAUACAGAAAUGUCCCACCUGUUUUCAGUAUUAAUGAUGAAGAUGAGGACUCUCAUUCUGACUUACGUCGUGAUGUUUCAAACGCAGAUUUGCUUGAUGAAAUUGUUGAAGUGCAAACAUUCCUCAAAGGACAGAGUGUUGUCGAUAAUUUUCUAUGUCAAGAAGUUCUAUCCAAUGGGUAUAUGUUUGAUUCUUAUUUAGUAGUCACUGAAUCACAUUUGAUAAUUUUACGAGAAAUACCUAAUAAGAAAGGGCUUGCUAAAAUUUUAUCAAGAAGGCCCCUAUCGACUAUAGUGAAAAUUACUGCAAAGAAAAGACAUCCAGAACUGAUAACUUUUAAAUAUGGUAUACCAGAUGGUGAUAAUUUGCUAAUAAAAGAUAUGGAUCGCUUUCUAAUUCCAAAUGCUGCUGUAGCCACAAAAGUUGUCUCCAAUCAAAUUGUUUCACAACUUGACAAUAAAGUUCAAUGAAAAUACUGUCUUCUUGUACUGAAACUAGCACUUUUGUAGUUAUGACUCACAAUUGGAAAAUGUAGUAUUUUGCAUCUAUAGUAGUAUGCUACAAAUAUGUAUCUUUACUGUUAUCUUUUCACAUUAAAUAGUACUUAUCUUUGUGAUAGCAUAGAUUUAGUUGGAAUAUCUACAAGAUUUCUUUAUUAAGUAACGCCAAACAAAAUGUCCAUCCAGAUUUUUUAUUCAAUUUAUUGUAAAUUAAUUUUGGAAUACUACAAGUAUAUAUUUUAUAGAGUAAUUAAUUAUUUAUUAUUCUGCUUUUAUAAAGUAAACUCAGGACAAUAUGCUUUGGGCUCAUUUUUCAGUUACCUAAAUCAAAAGUAAACAUUUUUACAGAUUUAUUUGGGAAAUAUCAUAGCUGAAAAUCAGAAUUAGAAAUGACUUUCACUUUUAAUAAUUCUACUUUUCAGUUAAUUUGAUAUUUCCUGUUUGAAAUAGCAAAUCAAAUAACAUGUUUGCUUGUCGGUCAUUUUGAAUGCACUCACCUCUGUGAUUCGUCCACAAAAUGUCAAUAUAAUCAAUUAUAUUUUAAAACCUCCUCCUUUUUGAAGUCAGUUAAUAAUAUUAAUGACUAGCAGACGCCACGCGGUUUCGCCUGCGUUUGUUAAUGAAAAUGUAGAAAAGUAGGUGAUAAUGUAGGAUAAAGUUGGAAGGAAGGUAAAAUAAUUUUUAGAAUCGGUCUAAUAGAGUCUAUUCAAUGCAUACAAACAAACAAUUAAAUCUUUCCUAUUUAUAAUAUUACUGUAGAAGUACAGAUUACUAUGUAGCAUAAAUUCCACUACUUAUAUUUGUAAUUUAGUUUUAGAAUGGAAAUAGCAUUUUUGUAUUAUUUGAUUGAUCUAUAAAUCUGUGAAAAGUUUGGAAAUUAAUUUUGGAUGUUGAAACUAGGGUUGCUAACAUUUUUUUCAGAAAAAUAUAGUAUUUUUCAGAUUUAGUUUAAAAAAAAAUCUAUGCAUAAAUAAAAUAUAGUAUUUUAUGGAACUUAUUCCAUAAAAACGUCUGGCAAAAAAUCAACAUUUAUUUAAAAAAUAAAAACAAUAUAUUACUCUUGUUGCAUUUUUCAAGAUUUAUUUGUCUGAAAUAAGAGUGUCAUAUACUUUUCACAUAUUUUGAUUUUAAAAUUUUUGAUUUUUUUUUCUAAUUUGUUCGUUUAAUGUUUGGAACUCAGUAAGAUAGUCCGAACUCAAGUUCGGAUAAGCUAGACACUAUUGCAUCUAUCAUGUAGCAAAUGAAAAUUUUGUUUAAAGGAUUUUAGUGUUCAAAAUAUAGUAUUUUUGCGUAGUUACUAUAUAUUUCUUCAACAGUAUAUAGUACGCCAAUCCGAAAUAUAGUACAAUACUGUAUAUUACGUACGGUGGUGUAUAGUACGGUUGGAAACCCUAGAUGAAACUAUACAAUGCCAUUUAUAUUUGUCUCCCAGGCACUUUAUCUAUUUGAUAUAAAAUAUUAUUGAAAUAUAUACCUAGACAGCUAAAAGCUCAAGACCGACGUCAGACAUCAUUAAUUAUUAUUAGUAAAUUUUGUUUGAAAUUCGUCCUUCAUCAAACAGGCAGAAAGACAGACUGACAUAAGAUAAAAGAUAGGUACGCUAAAUGUUAAUCUAGAUUAAAAACUGCCUGGUCUGUUAACUUGAUAUGUUUAGCCGUUUUUGAGUGAUCCUAUAACAAACACAAACUUUCAUAUUUCUAUUAGCAGUAGGGUAUUUUGGUUAUGUGAAGUAUUUACGAGUAUGUAGGUGACAAAUAUUUCUGUUCACAUAGUAAUUUAUCGAUAUUGUAGAUUUGACUACAGGUGAUGAGGAUUUGAUCUUGCCUAAAUUUCAGACUUGUGCCUGUUUAAUAUUUAAAGAAUUUUUAUAAAAGAUGCUACUAAAAAUGAAGAUUAAGUAAAAAGUUUUAACUCAGGGUAAUUUAACUACAAUAGUUAUUGUUCCUUUGUUUUGUUUUUAUUAAUGUUUUUAUGUUAGAAUUAUGUAACUAUUGCACAAUAAUAUAAUAUUAUUUCGUAAAUGUCUACUUAUACAGUCAAAAUAAGUUGUUUAUAUUAAUUUCAUCGCUAGUAUGAUCAUUUAGGUUUUAAGAUUUGUUAAUUGUUCUUAUUUGGAACUUGUAAUGGCUCAUCAAUUAUAUUUCUUUCACAUGUUCCAUUAAUUUUACCACUUCUAUUAGUUAGUGUUGUUGCCAGAUUUAGGAAUUUUUUGAGUGAAAAAUAGCGGGAUUCAUUCAUAGAAAGCGGGACACCCAAAAAACGUAUAUAAUCAAAAAAGUUUGAAUCUUUUUAUUUGAGUUAAAAUGUUAUUUAUAAAAAAUAUGAUAUUUUAAAUCAGUUAAAUAGUUGAGCCUUAUAUUAUUCCUUCUGAACAAAAAUGAAAAAAAAAAAACAGUAAUCGAAAUAUGUUGUUUUUUUCAUUACACAAAUAUUCUGAAAACAAUAGUCUGAGAAGUUAAUGUGACACCCACCUGCGCUAUCUCAGUAAGCUGCACGCACGGUCGAUCUAUUCCCGAAAAGCGGGACAAUUAUUAUUGAUUUAAAAAUGGGGACGUCCCGCCAAAAUCGGAAAGUCUGGCAACGCUGUUUGUAUACCUAGUCAUUGAAAUAUAGUGUUAAGAUGAUGAUGACAAGCGAUGACAACCGUUAAAAAUAGGAAGCCUUGUACUUCUAGAUACAUCUAAUAUAUUUAUUUCAAUGUACAUAUUUGCAUUUAUAGUGGUAGGUAUCUAUAUGUCCUUAAAAAUCAUCGUUAUAUAUAAAUCCAUAUAUUGUUUUAGAACGAAGAAUGAGCUAAUUUUUGCUAAUGAAAAAGCUGCAACAUACUUCAAAUCAACAUUACUUUUUGUUGUUACAUAAUGUAACAACAAUUUAGCGCUUUGAGUAAAAAUCCAGUUAAUGUGUAGAGAAAAGAUUUAACGAAAGAAAAAAAAUACCAUUUUUUAAGUACAAAUCUUCCUAUUUGAACGCGACAGUACCUAUCUGUCAUAAACGUUAAACUUUGUCAUAGCACACAGAUAAUCACUUUUUUCAUUUAAUGCUAGUAUAAAAGAAAUUAGUUCCUCAAUUUUGGUCUUGUCAGGUGACAUUUCUGUGCAUUAACAGUGGAAUUCAUAGACGUUGCAGGGGCACCCCCAGGGGAUCAUUCAUCCGUUAAGUGUCAAAUUCUCAAACAAAUAGAGGUUAAAUUCGACACUCAGCCUCUGAAUGAUCCCCUGGGGGUUCCCCUGCAACCUUUGAAUUCCACUGUAGUAUUCCAUUUUUUGCUAUUUAACGACGGUAGUUUUAAAUAAUACCAGUAAAAUAAGGCUGGAACACCUUAAUACUUUUAUAAGCCAAACGGAUUUGCACUGCUUUUGUUUAUUUUUUGACUAUGAUUUUGUUAAAGUACUGCCCCUUUAGCCAAGUGAUACGUCGGUUCUACGAUCGCAAACGCUUCGAAAACUAGUAUAAUAAUAAUAAUAAUAUUUAUUGAUUCACUAGUACACAUAAAAAUCACAUAUUGUAAUUUUUUUGAAUUGUAUAAACUUAGCAUUUUUAAGAACUUACCAUCUAACUUAACUUUAUUACCUAAUUUAACUUGUUUGUCACACACUUCAUAAACUGUUAUAUUCUUGUUUUACUACUGUGGAAGAAUGGGAUUACCACAAUACAGGGAAUCCUAGUGUGUAGAUCACAGACUGUAAAUUAUUUUAAUAUGUACUAGUGAAUCAAUAAAUAUUAUUAUUACUAGCCGACGCCCGCGACUUCGUCCGCGUGAAACUCGAUGUAAACUUUUCACUAUCCCUAUCCUACCCCUACCCUACCCAUAGCCUAUCCCUAGCCUAACCCUACCCCAACCCUACUCCUACCUACCCCUACCCUUCUUUUCUGGUAGAUUUUUUACACCUUCUGUCCGAAAAACCCAAAUAUCUUGCGGAACCCUAUUUUUUUCCAAAAUAAAAUUUAGCCUAUGUUACUUGUGGAUUAUUUAGCUUUCGAAUGGUGAAAGAAUUUUUAAAAUCGGUCCAGUAGUAUUCAUUACAAUCAAACAAACAAACAUACAAACAAAAUUUUCCUUUUUAUAAUAUUAGUAUAGAUUAGUAAAAUGUGUGGGAAUGAUAGAUCUUGAUCACGCGACAUGUUGACAGCAAAUGUCAUUCCCAUACAUUUUUCUAGUUUUUGAAGCGUUUGCGAUCAUAGAAAGAGAAUUGACGUGCCACUUGGCCAAAGGAGCUGGUUUUGUACAUAAUAUUGUACAAUGUACAUAAUUUAAAGGCGCCAUAAUUAUUUGCCUGCCUAUAUGAUGUUUUUUUUUUAAUAUUUAAUGUAAUAGUUGUACAAUAGAUAUUUGUAGUUGUUAUUUACCGAAGUGUAAUAACAUUAGAUCUCUAAUAAAGAAAUUAUUUAUAUUUAUCAUUCCAAUAAAGUAUUAUCUAUUGAAAA